AUGUCGGCCAAACCCACCUAUUUUGGAGACUAUGUUCAGGAUACAAACGAUUAUAAAGAUGAGUUUAAUGAUAAAGACUUGUCUCUGGGUCAAGAAAGUGUCUGUAUUAAGCCAAAUUUUACUGAAAAAGUAGAAGGUGUUAUGUGCCCUGAUAAAGGAACAUGCGGCUACCAUAUUUUCCUUUCCCCUAGUUGCUUUGGAAAUGCUCAGAGAAUCUGCCGUUGUAGCAGAGGAAAUCUGAGCUCCAUUCACAAUGCUGGAUCAAAUAACAAUCUGCAAUGUUUCUUGAGGAGAACUUGUACAAAUAUCAGCUAUGUUUGGAUUGGUGUUAAGAAGAGAAAUUCAUGCUCUCCAUACGGCAAUGUUGACGGAAGCACACUGAGCUAUACCAAUUGGGCUUGUGGACAAAAUAGAAGCCAUGGUGAAUGGUGUGUCGCUAUGAAUGUACAUAACGGCCAGUGGUUCAGUUUGGAGUGCAGUACUCGAUUGCCAUUUGUCUGCACUUUUUGAGAAUGAACCCCCCAGCUCAUGCCCCUUUAUACACCAGCUUUGAAUAAUAGUAACUCUGAAGACGUAUAAAGAAAUGGUUUGCCAUGCACUGGUGUUGGUUUAGCAGUGAAAUCUUGGAAUACAACAGUCCCUGGACUCUCAUAAUUGUUCCAUAACCAUGCUCCAACAACCUACUUUUCUGCUAUGUAGCUUAUAAUAAAAGUUUUAUACAUGUUCAUGCUAA